CCUGAGGAGCCUUGCGAUGGCUUUCUUGCCAGGAGCGGUCGGAGGGGAUACCCAGGAGGGUUGACGGUGGGUGGAACAGGUGCAUGGCGACGGGCGUGAGGAGGUGGGGAGCGUGAGGGUCCUGAGACCCGGGCCCCGUGAGGGCCAAAUAAGGCUGCUGGAGGGAAACCAGGCCGCUCUUGGAUUGGGUACGAUUCAGUUUGCAGGUUCUGGGUGCGAGAAUUUAAAAGCCUGUGCCAGAAGUUGGUCUUCAGCACUCCAGGGAAACUGUCGCCCCUCGGUCUUCUGUCCCCACCCCCUCCUUGCUGUACCCUCCUUUUCCACCGGUCGCAGGCGCCGUGGAAGGAAAUGCUUUUGCCCUCUCCCAUGGCCUCUGGGACCACUGGAAACCUUUCCUCUAACCGGAAAGCCUCCCUACCGUCACUCACCAAGGAUCCUUGGCUUGGAGUCUUCCUCCUUUCCCCCAAAUCUUCUUUCUCGGUGCACCUCCCCCCCUGGAAUCUCCUAAAGCAGGACCAGGAGUUCCCACUUCUGCUGUCUGCAGUUGUCUGGUGCUUGUACUCAUGGCGACAUCAGCUACCAGCCCCAGUUCACCUCUCCGGACUGAGGAUCUCCUGAGUGAAACAUCAGAAGCCCCUGGGCUGAACCAAGUAUCCUCUGAGGUGACCUCCCAGCUCUAUGCUUCUUUGCAUCUCAGUCGUCAGGCGGAGGCCACCGCCCGAGCCCAGCUGUAUCUGCCCACCACCUCCCUCCCUCCCCACGAGAUGUUAGAUGGCUUGGCCCAAGAGCUGAGUCACAGCUUGUCGGUUGGCUUGGAGAACAACUUGAAGAAAAAGGAUGGUUCCAAGCAUAUCUUUGAGAUGGAAAGUGUUCGGGGUCAACUCCAGAGCAUGCUCCAAAACUCCCGGGAUACGGCCUAUCGGGAUCCCCUCACUCCGGGUCCUGGCUCAGAGAGACGAGAAGACGACUCCUUUGACAGUGACAGCACAGCCACCUUGCUUCACACCCGGCCCCUGCAAGGCUUAUCUCCAUCUAGCUCAGCCCAAGCCCUGGAGGAGUUGUUUCCCCGCUAUGCCAGUCUUCGGCCGGGGCCCCCCCUCAAUCCCCCGGAUUUCCAGGGCCUGAGAGAUGCACUGGAUUCCGAACACACCCGUCGCAAGCAUUGUGAGCGCCAUAUUCAGACCCUACAGACCCGGGUGCUAGAGCUUCAGCAGCAGUUAGUUGUGGCUGUGACUGCUGACCGCAAGAAAGAUACCAUGAUCGAACAGUUGGACAAGACCCUGGCCCGAGUGGUGGAGGGCUGGAACCGUCACGAGGCCGAGCGGGCAGAGGUGCUUCGGGGGCUCCAGGAGGAACGCCAGGCAGCCGAGCUCACCAGAAGCAAGCAGCAGGAGACAGUGACCCACCUGGAGCAAAGCCUUUCCGAGGCCAUGGAGGCCCUGAAUCGUGAGCAGGAAAGUGCCAGACUGCAGCAACGGGAAAGAGAGACGCUGGAGGAGGAGAGGCAGGCUCUGACCCUGAGCCUGGAGCUGGAGCAGCAGCGGUGCCGGGCCCUGCAGGAAGAGCGGGAUGACGCUCGGGCUGGGCAGCUGAGUGAGCAUCGACAGCUGGAGGCGCUGAAGCUGGCCCUGGAGGAAGAGCGGCAGGCCUGGGCCCAGCAAGAGCGCGAGCUGCAGGAGCGCCACGGGGCCCUGCAGGAGGAGGUGCACGCUCAGCUGGAAAAGGAGAAGGGGAACACCCAGAGGGAGGCGCAGGUGGCGCGGGAGGCCCAGCAGCAGCUCACGCUGGUGCAGUCGGAGGUGCGGCGGCUGGAAGGGGAGCUGGACACGGCUCGGAGAGAGCGAGACGCCCUGCAGCUGGAGAUGAGCUUGGUGCAGGUCAGGUGGCGGCAGGUGCCCGAGGCUGCCCUCCUCGUUAGGACAACGCCACCUUUCCUUUCGUGCGCCUGUGAAGCGCCGAGUCGCGCCGAGUCCCGCAUGGGAGCCUCCGUCUGUCCUUGGGGCAGGCAUCAGGCGCAGACGGAGCUGUUAGCUCUCGCCCUCCUUCACCCCCAGGCGCGGUGUGAGAGCCAGCGGAUCCAGCUGCAGUCAGAGAUGGCCCUGCAGCUGGAGCAGCGGGUGAGCGAGCGCCUGGCGCAGGCCCAGGAGAGCAGCCUGCAGCAGGCGGCCUCCCUGCGGGAGCAUCACAGGAAGCAGCUGCAGGACCUGAAUGGACAACACCAGCAGGAACUGUCCACUCAGCUGGCUCAGUUCAAGGUGGAACUGGCAGAGCGAGAGGAAAGGCAGCAGCAGGUGGCUCAGGACUACGAGCUCAGACUGGCCCGGGAGCAGGCGCGCGUGCGUGACCUGCAGAGCGGCCACCAGCAGCUGGAGGAGCAGCGGGCCGAGCUGGUGGAGCGACUCCAGGCCAUGCUGCACGCCCACUGGGAGGAGGCCAACCGGCUGCUCAGCGCCCCCACCUUGCCUCCGAACCCCCCGGUUCCUACCUCCAGGCCCUCCAGCCCUGGGCCUCAGGAGCCAGAGAAGGGGGAGCGGAGGCUGUGGACUCUGCCUCCCAUGGCCGUGGCCCUGAAGCCCGUCCUGCAGCAGAGCCGGGAAGCGGGGGAUGAGGCGCUUGGAGCCCCACCUGUCCUCUGCAGCCCCUCCCCAGACCUCAGCCUCCUGCUGGGGCCCCCUUUCCAGAGCCAGCACUCCUUCCAGCCCCUGGAGCCGAAGCUGGGCCUCACCUCAUCCUCGGCCGGGGACUUCCACCCUGACCACAGGCCGGAGCGGCCGUUCCCUGAGGAAGAUCCUGGGUCCGACGGGGACAGCUUCCUCAAGCAGGGGCUGCCGGCCCCCUCCCAGCUCGAGGGCCUCAAGCAUUUUUUGCACCAGCUGCUGGAGACGGCACCCCAGAACAGCGAGGCCCCCUCUGUUGAUCUGUUGCCCCCGAAGUCUGGUCCGCUGGCUGGCCCGUCUUGGGAGGAAGCAGCCCCGCACGUGCCACACCUCCCACCCCCCGUUCAUAAAACCAAAGUGCCCCUAGCCAUGGCGUCCAGUCUUUUCCGGGUGCACGAGCCUCUCUCAAGCCACUCCCAGAGCAGUGCUCCCAGCGGUGGCUCCCCAGAGAGGGGUGGAGACGGGCUGGCUCCCGCGGGGCAGCUGAUGGAUGUGUCUCAGCUCUUAAAACUGUACCAGGCUCGGGGCUGGGGGGCGCUGCCUGCCGAGGACCUGCUGCUCUACCUGAAGAGGCAGGAACAGGGCAGGACGGACAGCCGAGGGGAUACUGUCCCCAGAAGGAACACAGACUCCCGCUUGGGUGAGAUCCCCCGGAAAGAGAUCCCCUCCCAGGUGCUCCCUCGCCGCCUCGCUCCAGCCCCGAAGACUGAAAAACCUCCAGUUCGCAGGAAAGGCGGGCACCCUGCCCCCAGCAGCACGAGGAGCCGGGGGGGCAUCUGGAGAUGAGCCCCUUGCCCUUUCUACUCUUCUUCUUUUACUAAAUGCUCGAGGGUCUGUAUUCAAGUCUCUGACUCCUAGGUAUCUGAGAAAAUGGAGAUUUUAUAAGAAACGACUUUGUAAAGAAACCUCAUUCGGGUUGAGUAUGUUUUUUAUGUUAUAUGUUCCCAUUUUCUAUUCUGUGGAAAAGACGCGAAGGCUUUGAAGAAAGACCGCCUCUGGCUAGGUUUGAGAAGUUCCAGUGCGCUAAGGUUCAGUGUUUCAAGAGUAGAACGUGCAGAGCAAUUAGCCGUGGUUGGCGGUGGAAUUAUGGGAGAUUCUAAUUUUCUUUAUACGUUUCUGUAUUUCUGCAUUUUCCAAAACAAGCAUGUAUUAGUUAAUAAUCAGAAAAAACAAACUUGUAAUAAAAGUAAAUUA